CAUUGUUACAACAAUGAGACAUAGUGACCGCUUCCUAAGUGUUUUUUGAAUCGAACAAGGCUCGACCAUGUGUUAAAAUUAAGUUCUGUGCAAUUUUUAACGUUUUUCCUACGAAAUCCUUAUUUUCUAUGAUCGACGAUACGAUACCUGAUGAAUCUUUAUUCAUCAGUAUAUUUUUGAUUACUUUUUUCUCCCUUCAAAUAAUGAUCAGAGCUUCAGCUAGAACCCCCGUCCGCUGCCCCCAUUGAAGCCGCCCCCCCGGAACUCGUCUAUUAUAUCAAAUUUUCCUCGCCGCACAUAAAAAAAAUCUUUGCCUAUUGCGUAGAAUGGUAGAAGGUGAACCAACAAGAAAUCAAAAGCAAGACUCUGAUGUAAAAAUCGAGCACCUAGCAAACGGCUGCGGAUCAAAAGAUCUUGAGCUCGGAAACUUCACAACGAUCAAAGAUCUCCCACUAAAAGUCCCAUCGGAUGUAGAUAAAUCGAAUGAGAAAGCUGACUUCGAGAAAGCCAUCGAACUCACCAGAUAUGGGAAAUUUCACUUCCUCUUACUAGCAGUAUGCGGCUUUGUAAGCACCUCGGAGGAGAUGGACGUCAUCUCGAUGUCGUUCAUCCUCCCUUCGGCCCAGUGCGACUUAAACCUCAACACCCAAACCAAGGGAUGGCUCAAUUCCAUCAUUUUCAUUGGAAUGAUGGCAGGAGCCUAUGUUUGGGGUUCAGUAGCAGACUCAAUAGGGCGUAAAAAGGUGCUUAUCGUGAGUUCCUUCAUGAACGCUUUAUGUAUUGUAGCUUCUAGCUUCUGUCAAUCAUAUCAGUUGUUCAUGGUCUUCAGAUUUCUCAAUGGGGCGGCGUUAGGGGGCAGCGGACCAGUAAUCUGGUCGUAUUUCGCAGAAUUUCAACCCAAGUCCAAAAGAGGCUCUAUGCUUUCAUUCAUGGCGGCUUUCUGGACUUUGGGUAACUUAUUUGUAGCCGGAUUGGCUUGGUUAAUAAUUCCAGCAGAUAUUGGUUUCCAGAACCAAUACUUUGUGUACAAUUCCUGGAGGAUAUUUCUUCUCAUUUGCUCAUUUCCAUCAUUCAUUGUUGCUGCUUUACUUUGCUUCUUACCUGAAAGUCCCAAAUUUUUACUUUCGCAAGGUAAAAGUGAAGAAGCAAUUGCUAUUUUUAAGUACAUAUACCAUAUAAACACUGGAAAUGAUGCAGAAGAUUAUCCAGUUAAACAUCUUAUCUACGAACAAGAAGAGCUAACAGUUGAAGAAAAAGCAAAAAUAGCAAAAAGAGGAAAAUAUACAAAUAUGAUUGUUGAUAUUUUAGAUAACAGUAAACAGUUGUUCGUGUCACCAAUAUUGAAAUUCACAAUUAUCUCAAUCACAAUCAACUUUACAUUCCAUAUUGGUUAUUAUGGUCUUAUGAUGUGGUUUCCCGAGUUAUUUAAUAGAUUUGAUGAAUAUGCAAAAGUGCACAACGGUGCAGAAGCAGGCGUUUGUGAAGUAGUUGAUUAUGUAGUGAACAUGGGAAGUCAUAGUGAAGGUAAUUUGUGUAACGACAAAAUUUCAUCAUCUGUAUUCUUGGAGUCGUUAAUAACAGUGUCUGCUGCAUUGCCAAGUAACAUCAUCGCUAUCUUGGGAAUGGAUAGACUGGGAAGAAAAUUCUUCUUAGUGUUCAGUACAGUAUCUUCUGGUUUAUGUUCAGCCUGCAUGUAUUUUGUAUUCAACAAGACUCAUAAUUUAAUUGUAUCUGCUGUAUUUAGUAGUGUUAUAUCCUGUGGUAAUGCAGCUUUGGAUUCUCUGAUCACUGAAAUUUUCCCAACUCAUCUCAGGGCCACUGGUAUAGCCAUUUCUAUGGUAGCAGCUCGUCUGGGUGGUAUAAUUGGUAACAUAGUAAUUGCCCAGUUGCUAGAUAUGUAUUGCCCUGCUCCAACGUUUAUCGUGACUGCACUAUUGAUAGGAGGUGGUUUACUCUGCUUAUUCUUACCAAACACUACACAGAAACCACUACAAUAAGAUUGUAGGUCGAUUUUAUAUCCUCACAUUAUGAAGAUAAUUUUUCUUUCUUAUUAAUAUUAUUUUACUAAAUAGUGUUAGCCAUUUACUUGUUACCUGUUAGAUCCUUUCAUUUCUUCAGUUAUCCAUUCUUCUCAAAAUGAUGUGUAAUUGGAGCAAUAAUUGGUUUAUAACAAUUGUAGAUAAAAUAUGUCUUUGUAUUAGUAUUAGUAAUAUAAGAAGAAUGUAGUUUAGUUCCUAGAAUUUACACAUUUCCCUCAUGUAUUAUACCAUAAAUAAAUAUUAAUUUAAUUCAAAAUUCA